GGCUACAAAAAUUUUAAACAACAAAAAUUUGCUGGGGUGAAUCAUUGGAAUGCUAGAACUAUUUUUGGACACCGACCCAUAAAAAUCAUCAAUUCGAAUACCUGAACACAAUGUUGGAUUGCUCUGACAAGGUGACUGAGUCCAAGGUGGAACUUGUACAGCUUGCCAAACUCGCCGAACAGGCUGAGCGUUAUGAUGACAUGGCAGAGGCAAUGAAGAAGGUUACCGAAUUUGGAGACGAACUGUCCAAUGAGGAGCGCAAUCUUCUCUCGGUUGCCUAUAAGAAUGUUGUUGGGGCUCGUCGCUCCUCAUCGCGUGUUCUCUCAUCUAUUGAGCAAAAGGCCGAAGGGGAGAAGAAGACGAAGACUAAGGAAUAUCGUGAGAAGAUCGAAAGCGUAUUGCGUCACAUUAGUAAAGGGGUUGUGAAUCUUCUGGACAAAUUUCUUAUUCCGAAAGCUGGAACUCCUGAUUCUAAAGUGUUCUACCUUAAGAUGAAGGGCGACUACUAUCGUUAUUUGGCUGAGAUUUCUUCUGGUGAUGAGUUGACUGAUGUUGUCGACAAAUCACAACAGAGUUACCAAGAGGCUUUCGGACUAAAUGCAGCCAACUCAUCCGAUUUGGCUUGGUCUUACACUUAA